AUGUAUCAGCACCAAGAUCAAACUCAGCAUCAGUAUUACCAACAGUAUAAUUCAUACAACCCGUCCAUAGAGGAUUUGAUUGCCUCAUCAGAUGAUAAACGGUAUCAAAAUGGUGGUAUCGGUAACCUGUUACAAAGACCUCCAGUAGCAGGUUUACCUUAUAUUUCGUCACAAGUUAACCCAAACACUUCAUCAGCCAACUUAUCCAAGCUAACAAGCAAUAUUAACAACUAUGGGUACAACAACAACAACAACAGCCACAUUCAAUUACACACACCACCAUUAUCUUCAAACCCAUCUUUCACUUCGUUCCAGAAUUUGAACUACCCAUUAUCACCACUCAGCAAGCCAACGUCACCCGAACCUAUACUAUCUGCCGCAUCAGUAACCACAAGCAACUUUUUAGCGUCGUCUUUUUUCAGUUGGUUGCCUCCUAUUGAUGUUAAGAUUGUUUCGUUUUGUAUUGGUUGGUAUUUAUGCUCCAUUAUUUCGUCGAACUCAACAAAAUUGAUUCUAAAUGAUUUCAAGUUCCCGGUAACAUUGACUCAAUUUCAAUUUUCUGCUAGUUUUACUUUUUGUCUAGUAUUUCUUAACAUAGUUAAAGUCAACCCAGAGAGUAUUAGCAGUAAGUUACCCCCAGGAUUUAUACCGUCAAUGACUGAUACCAACAGAAUCAGUCUUUCAGAAUUUAUCACACCAACAAGAUUGAUUAUACAAACCACUUUGCCCAUGGGUAUGUUCCAAUUUAUUGGCCACAUAACAAGUCACAAGGCAACUUCAUUAAUCCCAGUGUCAAUCGUUCACACAAUAAAAUCAUUAAGUCCAAUUAUCACAGUAUUGAUUUACCGAUUCUUAUUUGGAAAAUCGUACAGGAUGAGAACCUAUGUCACUUUAAUUCCAUUAUGUUGUGGGAUCAUGUUGACUUGUUAUAAAAAAAGCCAUACUAGUAAUCAAAACAAUGUGCCGGGUGCUGGUAGCAGUGUUAUUAAUAAUAAUCUUGACAAGAUCAACACUAACAAUAAUUAUUCUACUGGCUUAAUAUUUGCAUUUAUUUCCAUGAUUAUUUUUGUCAGUCAAAACAUUUUUGCCAAAAAAAGAUUAACGGUUGAAUCUACUAAUGCUAUUCCAAUGAACAACAAAUCAUCGCUCAGAAUCAAUUCCAAUAAAGUAGAUAAAUUAACUAUAUUGUUUUACUGUUCUAUAAUUGGAUUUAUUUUGACAUGCCCAAUUUAUUUUGUCACUGAAUGGAUGAAUUAUAAUGCCUUUGGCGCCAUAUCACUUUUGCAACUCAAUUCAUAUGUGAUGAGUUUAGUUUUAUUGAAUGGAUUGAGUCAUUUUGUACAAUCAUUGUUAGCAUUCCAAAUACUAGGAAUGGUUAGUCCUAUCAACUAUUCCAUUGCCAACAUUUUAAAGAGAAUAUUUAUUAUUUUGAUUUCAUUUAUUUGGGAACUGAAACAAUUCUCUAAUAGCCAAUCAAUAGGGUUAGUUAUCACUUUGUUUGGGUUAUACUGUUAUGAUAGAUGGGGCACAGUCUCAAACUCAGGCAGUGCCAGUAAUCCAGGAAAAUACUAA